UCUCGUCAGGUUGUUGUGGUCACCAGCUGAUCGGCCUCGGAGUCGACAGCCUCCUCGUCGUGGACUCGUCGUCCCUGAUGCUUUUACUCUAGUAUUUUUCAGACUGCAGCGGAAUAAAAAGAAACCAGUAUCGAAACUCUCCUUGGGCCGCAGGGCGUUUUAUAUCCACAUCAGGCCCCAAGGACUCCGUCUAGAAGCUAUCCGCUAACCAUCGCUGUCUCCUAUGAGAAGGCUGGAGAAGUAAUCUGGGCUAUUUUUCGACAACAGAAACCUUUAUUUAGUAAUCGUAUUUCCUGUCGUCGCAGGGAACAGUGCUAUUAAUAUUAUUAUUAAUAUAAGAACCCUUCAGUCAUUUGGCGAUAACAGACAUCAUAUCGUUCUCUAACAGUUCUCCCUGGUCCCCGACUCAAGGAGAAGAUGUGGUUGAAACUGUUCUUCAUCCUGGUUUAUUUCCUGGUGUUAUUCAUGCUGGCCCGUUUGUUUGAGACAGUUCUUUGGUAUGAGACCGGUCUGUUCGCCACUCAGUUGGUUGAUCCAGUGACUCUUAGUUACAGAAGGUUGAAAACGAUCUUGGAGUGCAGAGGUUUGGGAUAUUCUGGAUUACCAGAAAAGAAAGAUGUGAGCGACUUGGUGGAGAAGUCAGGAGAGUUGAUGCAAGGGGAGCUGUACUCAGCCAUCAGGAGAGAGGAGGAGCAGACGAACGUGGGAGAGCCAGGAAGCACCUCCUUCAGUGGGGAAAUGCACUUCUACGAACUAGUGGAGGACACAAAGGACGGCAUAUGGCUGAUACAGGUGAUCGCUCAUGACAGUGAGGCCCUGCUCAGCAAAUCCAGCUGGAGUAAAAUGGUCCAGAAGGUUUCACACUUUGGGAUAAGGACUGGGACAUUUAACUGCUCCAGUGACUACAGGUGGGUCGAAUUUAGGCUUCUAUUUUCACUACCAUUCUGCUUAUUUAAAGACUUGCCUAUUAUUAUUAUUUAUGGCUCAGUUUCCAGUUAGGUGAGAGAGGGUUGCAUGUCUACCAUAAGAUGGAAUCGGGUCGUGUGUGGUUUGAGGAAGAGGAUGCGGUUUGACAGGUGCUUUAUGUAUAGGAUGCGAAAUAAAGUAAGAAAUAAGAGCUCAGCAUUGAAUCAUUAACAACUGCAAUUAAGAUCCUCCUACUUUAUCUUUAGGUGAAGCAAAAAGUGGUACUCCUAUAUUAAACUGUGGAACAGUUCACGCAUGACAUUAAAUGCAAAGCUAGGAAAUCCAAAGAUUUUUGUAUUGGGAAAAAAAAAAAAAAUCUUUGGAAUGGUUAGUUAUAGUUGUAGGCCACUGCUACAUGCUGACCCGGAAAACAGUAAAGCUGGAGUAGCGUCUUUGGUAGGUGUGUAAGUGAUGAAGAGAAAGUUCUCUCACGGACACGUCGGACAGCGAAAUAUUUGAUUUAAUCUUAAGGCAUGAUCAUGGGAAAAGUCCUGGCUCCAAAGGUUACCAAGAACACAUUCGACGAGACAAUAGAUUCACAAGAUUCUUAUAGGGAACAUUUUCAUUGUGGGAAGGGAGUGGGAGUGACCUUAGGCCAAGUCAAUUUGUAAUACAAUGGGUGGAUAUUGGACAUGUCUGCAGGUCUGUAAGACAUGGUUGUAAGCAGUUUACACAACAAAGAAGUCAGUAGAUUGGCCCGAUUUCAAUACCAGACUGGCUGGCUCCAGUGGAGGAAGGGAUGUGAUUUAAGAUACAGGGAGAAUGAAUGCAGUUCCUUCUAAUGUAAUAAUUAUAUAAACAAGGUUAAUAUAAUUUGUAUGUGAUGUAUAUUUAUAGUUAUGAUUGAUAUUUCCACGACAGUAAGGGUCCCAUUAAACUAGCGUAUGGAAUGAUGUAUUUAUUCUUUAUUCUCUCUCUCUCUCUCUCUCUCUCUCUCUCUCUCUCGAUAGAUAGAUAGAUAGAUAGAUAGAUAGAUAGAUAGAUAGAUAGAUAGAUAGAUAGAUAGAUAGAUAGAUAGAUAGAUAGAUAGAUAGAUAGAUAGAUAGAUAGAAUUUAAUACAAAUUAGAGUUUAUCAUGACCCAUGAGCGGCCCGGUACCGGGACUGUUUCCUCCUCCUGGAAAUGGGAGGGAACAACUCUCACACACAGGCCUCCUAUUGCCUGCAUAUCGAUCCCCUUAUGGUGUGAUCCAGAUGCCUCGGACACCAGCCUUCCGAGUUGCAAUUGUGACGUAAUUUCCAGUCUCGGUUCCCGUUCGUCUUUGUGUUUGUGUCAUGAAAUUUGCUAGUCGUUGUUUAUUGUUAGCUACAUGAGCCGCGAAAACAAACACAACUUUACAUUGUAUUGCACAGCAAGACCGUGCAAUGCAUAAAUUGGUGACUGGAAUAAAGUAGCAAUGUAAUCAAGUGUAUAAGAGCGUUUAAAAUCGACAUUAAAAUGACCAACGUGGUACAAAUACAAAGCAGACAUUUUUGUUGAGUGUCAUCACUGAAUUCGGCCUAAUCUCAGAAUCCCGAGAGAUGAAGACAAGAAGGGGGGGUGCCUCCCUGAAAUGGCACAAGAAAGCUGGGAGAUUUCCCCACUUCCAACUCUGAUGUCCAACUCUGGCUGGUGUCCAACGCAUCUAGAUCACUUAUGCUGAGCCAUCAGUUAUGGCUGUUAAAUGCUUUUGAACAGCUCAAAGUGAUGCGAGCCAGAGGGUUCUCCCCCGUACUCCCAUACCCCGCACGACCACAGGAGGAACUUCCAACACUGUAUAUAUAUAGUAAUAAUAUAUCCUGGAUCAUUAUUGUCUAGUAAUGUUGUCAUGGUAUACGUUGUCAUAAACCUAUUUAUCAAACUUCU